AUGCAGCUGCGACACCUCAAAUACUGGGCCUUACUCGUUGCGUCAACUGCAAUCAUCGCUCAUGGUCAAGAGCAGUUUGAUCCACGUGAGGCCACAAUAGCUUCUGUUCACAACGCGCUAUAUUCUGGCGAGAGCUGUCGCAGCAUUGUUUCUGCCUUCUUGUCACGUAUUGAGGCCUUGGACCAUGAAAACAUCAAUUCUAUAAUAUCUCUGGAUCCGGAUUCUCUUUCAAUUGCAUCAGAACAAGACGCACUGUUCGCUUCCAAGAAUGCCACAACAGGACCGCUGUUCUGCGUGCCCGUGCUUGUGAAGGACAAUCUUGACACUGCGUCUCUGCCAACUACCAGCGGAAGUCUUGCCCUGGCUGACUCGAGGCCUUCAGUCGAUGCUGCGGUUGUCAAGGCGCUCAAAGAUGCAGGUGCCAUCAUUCUAGGCAAAACAAAUCUCCAAGAACUCGCCUUGGAAGGAAUAUCCGUCUCCUCUCUUGGUGGUCAGACCAUCAACCCCUACGAUGCCGACAGAACUCCGGGAGGAUCGUCAGGAGGCAGUGGUGCCAGCAUUGCUGCAUCUUUCGCCGUCUUCUCCCUGGGUACGGAUACGAUCAACAGUGUACGUAGUCCAGCAAGCGCAAACAGCCUCUUCGGGCUACGUCCGACCAGAGGCCUCGUUUCAAGGGCUGGAGUCGUUCCAAACUCCCAUACACAAGACGCCGUUGGGCCCAUCGCUCGAUGCGUUGAGGAUCUUGCUAUCGCUCUUUCGGCAAUUGCAAGCACGCAGUUAGACCCUGAAGACAACAGUACUGCACUUGUACCUGAAGGUAUUCGUGGAACGGAUUACUACAGGGAUCUUGCUUCGAGCUCUCUUAGUGGUAAGACGAUCGGAGUUCUUGAGACAUUCUUUGACCGUACUCAGACCAAUGAAACCGAACCUGUCAAUGAGGCCUUGGACUCAAUGAUCGUGAGAUUGCAAGAAGCAGGUGCCACUGUUGUACAAAUCGAGGACCCCAAGUAUCGCGUAAACGCUAUACUCGCGUCAUGUGAAACUCAAAGAUUCGAAUUGAGGCAAGAAGUGGACCAGUAUCUGGCAAGGGCAAGCCUCAAGGGGCAACACCCUGCCACUCUCCAAGACCUGUAUAGCGAGGGCAAUUCUUUUCUUGUGCUGCCUCAACAGUACGAUUUCAUCAAGGCUGUUUUGAAGGGCAGUACACAGGAUCCCGAGUAUGAGGCGGUCUUGAACAAUAUCCAAGAUCUGACCAUGCAUCUGCACGAAACCUUCAAAACAAACCAUUUGGAUGCAAUUAUUUACCCGCAGCAAAAGAACCUCCCAGUGAGGAUUGGAGCCGCAAACCAACAUGGACGCAAUGGAAUUUUGGCUGGGGUGACUGGUUUCCCAUCACUGGCGCUUCCCGCAGGCUUCAGUCCAGCUACUGACACAGCCGCGGUCGGCAUCCCUAUUGGUCUCGAGCUGAUGGGCUUACCAUGGACAGAAGCCAAACUGCUACAGAUCGCGCACGAAAUCCAUGCUCUGACGCAGGUCAGGAAGCCUCCUGUGUGGGCUGGUCGGCACAUACCUGUUCGAGACUAUGCAACUGUACCUAGCGUCAUGCCCAAGGGUACCAACAGUAUCCCGUCGGCUUAUCCGCUUGGGGUUCUGCUGUAG